AUGGCUUCGGUGAAUAUGGAGGACUGGAUACAGAAGCCUGCGGUGUGUGUCACCGUGUUUGGCGAGUCGCAUGAAGGGUUGUUACAGGGGAUAGACAACAAUUUCAACACCGUGUUAAAGCAAUCCGUAGGAAACAAGGAAAAUGAGCUGACCUUUGUGCGAGGCGAGUCCGUUGUGUACGUUGGUUUCAGCGAUAUAGCUGAGAGUACGGUGCCGGAAGGAAACGCUGGGUGUGGUAGUGUGGCUUCCACCACUUCUUAG